CAUGUUAGAAAUCCGUUAUCCCGCUUUUAAACCUCCAGUCGAGUUCCACUGCGCCGCUUCUGUAAAAGAUCCCUUCUUCUCUAAGAGCAGUAAGGGGUGCUUCGUCCACAAACUCCAGAGAGGAAGUAACUGUUUACUCUCUCUCUCUCUCUCUCUCUCCAUUAACGCAAACCAGGUGGAAGAGCUCCUCCGCGCACUAUACAGCAAGCGGACGAAAACAGCAUCUGAUCCCUCUUUUCUGCUCAUGGAAUAAGUUUCACAGUCGUUCUGGGAUAUUUUUUUUAUUAGUUUUUAAUCCAGUCCUUUACUUUUCCGCCCGGCUCUUUUUGGCCAGAGCUCAGGAGCGCAGUUUUGGAUCAGUCGGAGAGAGAGAGAGAGAGAGGCGGUGCUGGAGUUCCGCUACUCGGCAGCUCCUCGGGGGGAAAAACGAAGAAAGAGCUUUUUAAAAACCCUUUUCCACAAGCUUGCCCCGCAUAUUCCUUAGUGUAUCCAACACUGCGUGAGGAUGUGGCCAGGUUUUUGAAAGCGCAUUAUUUCGGUGACCAUCACUACGCAUUGUUUUUCUUUUUCUUUCUCCAAAAAAAGUUUAAAUGCAGAGCUGAAAGUUUGAUGGUUUCUUAAAAUUGCGUGUGUGUGUAACCCUGAGGGCAUUGAUGACCAUUUAAAAGGAUGCAAGAGCGACUGUAACAUCACAUCACAUCACAUCCAUGGUACCCUAUGUAUCUGGGCAUCGGGAUGCUGCUGCGCCAGAUCCUGGGGUUCGGGACGCUGAGGCGCACAUGGCGCACGGCCCCCCUUGUGCUUGUGGGGCUCGCUGUGUUUCUUAUCUACCACACAUCUGUGGUGAACCGGACAGGCUUCAGUCCUGGACAAAAGGACCAAAAGAACAAAUCAAGGAUGAGGGACCGCACAGUGCUUCUCAAGCAUCCAAAAGAGCUUGUCUCUGUACUGGAAGUGUGGCAUGAUCACAGUGAAGUCCACUGGUCUAAGAGAAUCUGUGCAGGAAAGGCCAUCAUGUUGACAGGGCAGCACGUCCCCUCGGACACAGAGGUGCAGCUUUAUCACAGAGUCCUCCAGGAACAGGGGUACCGUGUCAAGCAGGGACGCUAUGCUGAGACCAGUGCCACCCUUACACACAGUGGUGGAGAUGGUCAGGAAUGGUCUCUCCUGAUAUGUCUCAAAGGAACAGAAAAAAGCUGCCUGCGAAAAAUCAACUUUGCCCAUUCUCAGCCACACCAGAGGGUCAACAUUAUACCAGCGUUUGUUGGAGCUUUCAGGGACAUGGGUGGAGUCUGUCGAUUUCUAAUGGACAGCCAUUUGUCAGGCAUGUCAUUACCCAUAAUUCCAUCUUCCUGCACCUUCUCUGGACCAGGACAUGGAGGAACGCCUUAUCACACUGAACAUAUCUGGAACCAAGUUGCCCAGUCAGGCUCCCCGGCUAGAGAGGGUCCGGUAGCCUUAAUGAAUGUGUUUGUCUUGGUUACAUCAGCGACGCCCCUCACUGCAUUCCUACAUCGUUCAGGCUUGGUCAGGACUCAUCUGGACAAACACAGUCAUAUGACUAAGCUACAGUCGUUCUUUAAAGACAGCCUGGAUCCUUCAGGAGCUCUUCAGCCUUUUGAACUCAUGAAGCAGGUCAUCAGUGAGGUUCUAACAGCUGCUGUUUCAACCACAGAUGACCCCAGCUCUCCACCCAGGUGUUUACUGUGUUUUCAACUGAUGACCUUCACAUUGCAUUUCAAUGCAUCUGGGCAUCCUGUAGUGGUUAAGGUGCAGACUGACCUGCACUUUGACGGAAUAAAAGAUCCAGUCUUUGAUGGCCAGAUCACCAAAGAGUAUAUAUUAGAAGAUAUGCUGAAGCUCCUUUUCCCAGCAUGCAGCCGUGAGGACGGAUCUCCUGAGAGUACUCAGGACACGGCGCAAAUCAAGUACAGUGAGUGUGACCAGGAGAGCAGUUUGUGCUUAACAGCAGAUAAAAUACAGUUUCUGCAUCAGUUUCAUCAGCAGCUCAAGAGAUCUGGCAGCUUUCAUCUGCUCUACCCUAGAUCAUCUCAUUUCUCUGCUAUCCAGCAUGAUAUAUUUCAAAGCUUCCCUGCUGCAGAGGAUUCUGGGAAGGCACAAGGUCUCUCAGCCCUGCUACAACAACUCAGCUUGUCCCCCACACAGAGCACUGACGAUCCAGACAGGCCUGAGAAGUGGGAUUCACAGCCACCAGAAUCAGGGAGGUGUGUUGAACCCCAUCUCCGUCAGCUUUAUACCGAUCCUCCUCUGGUUCUAACGCCGCUCUUCAACCCCUGGGUAAAGGAGUAUAGAGCUGAGGUACCGUUUGACGUAGUCACUAUACGGAUCAGGCCGGAACCUGUGAGCUCAAAGUGCCACGUUCACCUGGACGAACAUCGCGGCCCCAGAACGGCGAACUACCCUCUCGGCCUGGGCAACAGCCGCAUCAACAUUCUGUUGCUGGACGAGUCAGGGGAGGAGCCUGUCGUCAUGACGAUAUACACUCUGCACAUAUUCCGGGAGAGCCGGCCCAGCCUGCCGAUGUUUGACGAGUAUGUGAUGUGCGGCUUCAUACAGGACUGUGGCCUGGUGGUCAGACCUGAUCAACCCUGUGGCUUGGAACCUGUUUCCGAGCUCAAAUCAUCUCAGCCUUGCUCUUCAGGUGAUGAACCCGGACACUGGGUGGUGCCAUGCCUAAGCUGUUCAGACAACAGGACCUGUGAUUGGCGGGAGGUUGCCUGGCAACCAGACAGCUGUUAUCACCCUGUUUUGGAGCAGCCACAGCUGCAGCGAUGCAUGAUGGACAAGAAGGUCCUGUUCAUCGGGGAUUCUACUAACCGGGGGAUGAUGUACUAUCUGAUGGAGCGAGUCAACACUACACUGGAGGACUGGGACAAGGCUCAUGACACCAUCAUCUACCACAAUCUGAACCAGGGCAGAACUCUCAUCAGCUACUCCUACUACCCCCAGUUCUGGCUACACAAGAACCAGAGACCUACCUUCCAACAAGCGCUGGAACAGCUUAUAGAAAGGUCACGACCUCUGGAGAACUCCCCUCAGACAGUGCUGGUUGCUGGAGGGGUCCAAUGGCUCAGUCUGGAGCAUCUGAGGACCAUGCAGCAGGUCCUUGAGAGAGAGAACCUGCAGAACAUCAUGGUGGUGGUGAAGUCUUUAGGAAUGGGCUUUCAUCUGCCAGUGGACGGCAUUCGCUCUCUCUCUCUAAAAGGAGUGCAGGACCUCUACAGCAUGAACAAGAACAUUCUGGAAAGUGCAAAGCGCCUCAGGUACGAGGUGAUCGACACGUUCAGCAUCACCACGGGCCGCUAUAAGGAGUUUCUUCAGGGCCGCUGUGCCUGCCAUUUCCACGAGGUUGGUAAACCAUCACUUCCCACAGUGCCUGUCCACAAAAGGCUGCAGAUAGUCAGCCAUGCUAGAGAGAGUGUGAGAGUGACUAGCACGAGGCCCGAGCUGUCGUCUCGACCCAGCUCAUCCUACCACGUGAAGGGAGCAGUGAACCAAGUGUACUCCGAGAUCCUGCUCAGCCGAGUGUGCAUGCCUUAUCUCCACAACGGGACCAGUAGCCAGUACUGACAGAGACUUGUUAGCUGGUGUGAAUAAAAGUGUGUGUGUUUUUUGUCCAGCCAUAAGAUGUAUAUAAUUAGAUGAAAUGAAGCCAUUAACUUCAGUGGCUUUAAUGCACUACAGAAAAAGUGAGGGAUGUGAGGUUUGUGUGUGUGUGUGUGUGUGUGUGUGUGUGUGUCUGCAUGGGUGUGUGUGUAUGUGUUUUGAGUUUUCCAAAACGACUUCAGCAGCUGCACCUUAGUUCUAAAGUGUGACACCAGACAAAAUCCAACUGUGAUACCUUUCCACAAUGUCCAUAUAACGUUCCCAGGACGUUUCUGGAAAGAUUUCAUGGUUUUCCAGGAGUGCCUUUAAUGUCACACGCCAUCGGAUCGUCACUUUAAUGGAAGCUCGGGUGACUCUGUGAAGUCUUGCUUUUAACCCCCAGUCUCAAACCUUCCACUCCCUCACAAGUGCUGAGCUGCAUUUAUGCCAAAGGUCUUAUGAAGAUUACGUAUACCUCACAUUUCUAUAGCCCAUAUAUUUUUCUACAGAUGUCUUUUAUUUCCAUGCCUUUAAUGGCCAAUGUAAUAUAAUCAGUGUAAAAUAUUUUGCACAUGCUGUUUAUAUAUAUAUAUAUAUAUAUAUAUAUAUAUAUAUAUAUACAUAUACAUAAUAUACGAAAAAGCUGUAUUGUUUCAGGUUACUGAUGAAUAUUUCUACAUUGCCCUGGAAUGCUGGCAUGCCUAUCUUAAUUUCCUCACAUUUAUAUUUACACAUUAAGGAACAUUAACUUUUACUGGUCUCUAGAGCGAUUGCAAUGAGAUUAUAGUGAUUUAACCAUGGCGUAAAUUAUUACUAUCCAGUAAUACACAUCUAGUAGCUAUUCUAGGCCAUGAUGUUUAUUUCUAAAUGCAGUCAAAUCCAUUAAAAGCCUGAUGCUGUGAUGUGGCUGAUGUUUGGUCAGAGGUUUAAUUUGACUAUUUAUGUUUCGAAAAAUCCAUUUAAAAUUAUAUUAAAAUUAAAAUUAAAAUUAAGCAAGUACAACAUUUCAUACAUUAAAUUUGUUAAUUUAUAAUUUAUUUAUUUUUUUUAUUUUUGGCUUCUGAAACUUUUUUGUCAUGGUGGAAACAGUAUUUCGACCCCAAACAGUAUUCCUUUUCUCUGUUUCCCUUUAUUAUAUCAUUAUUAUUAUUUUUAAUUAAUUUUAUUUUAUGAAGUGUGUCUACAUUUAGGAGAAAACUGAAAGGCGUUUGAAUUUUCCGAAUUGAUAAAUAUAUUUUAUCAAACCAGAGGUGGGUUUUUUUUUUGUUUGUUUGUUUGUUUGUUUGUUUUUGUAUUUUUGCUUUUUUGUUUGUUUGUAUUGUUUAUAAUUGCUUCAC